AUGUCCAACGAAUCUCUUCAAGAAACCAACAACAAAACCCUCGGUACAACUGCCGGCACAUUCCCGAUAGUAACACUCCCAGAUGGUCGCAAAGUACCAACUGGAACUGUGGGAGCAUUGCUAGUUAAUAUCAAAUCCUACGACGAGGGGAAUUCAGAGCGACGUGCCGAACUGGAACCUGCCAUACACUCUGCUAUCCCGAUAUUGGUUAAGGUCGGCAUGUUUGACCUGUUUGCUCCGGACGAGUGGACAUCAGAGAGUAGUCCGGGUCGGACUUUGGUUGGGAAAUUGGCGAGAGAUUAUCUUGAGUAA